GACAUCACAUCGUCCAGCCAAGUGGUCACUCAGUUUCAGCAGAUCAGUGACCCCCGGGCUGCCCUUGUCUUUGGCUGUCCCAACAUCACUAAACCCAUCACAGUGCAUGAGAAAGACUGGAUGCCAAAGGCUGAGCUGGUCCGUGCUCAGCAGGAGCUGGUCAUAGUUGCGGAGUGUCUGGGUUCAUUUCCCGUCAUGAGUGAGGAGGCCACACGCCAUGUUCUGCUGGAACGUUUGGAGAAGGCUGAGGUAGUGCACAUUGCCACAUGGGCGUGCCUGAGAGAAGGUAUCCUGCUGGUGACCCCUGACCCUGUAGACGACCAAGCAGAAGAUAGCUCUCACCUGGUCACCGUGGCGGACCUGCUCAACACAAGCAUGUGUGCCAAGCUGGUGGUGUUGUCCUCCUGCGGUCUCUCCGCAGCGCGCCAUGAGCAGGAAUGUGUCUACAAGCUGGCCAGUGCUUUUCUCUCUGCAGGCUGUCAGUGCGUCCUGGUCAGCCACUGGCCCCUGCCCGACGACCUGCUGGGAAAGUUUUAUUUCCACUUCUACCAGACCCUGCAGAACGGAGCCUUCUUGUCCGAGGCUCUGCAGGCAGCCGUGCAAGCCAUCAAGGCUGAUGAUAG